AUGGGAUCACUCGAGGCCGCGCUUACAGAACUGAGAUCUUUAGAUUCUGGAGAAUCAAUCAAUUAUACAAAAAUGGCUAAGAAGCACGGCGUUCGCGAGCUUAUACGCUAUAUUGAAAAGCUUACUCAGCGAGGCCUACCACCUACAAGGCAAAUAAUACAAAAUUUCGCAGCCUGUAUAGCCAAAAUCGACGUUACCUCGCUCACGUACAAUAUGGACGAAAAAGGCUUCCUACUUAGUAAUAUUACACGCUCUAAGCGAGUGUUUAGUAGACAGAUGUACGAGAGGAAGGAAGUAAGGCAAGCUAUUCAAGAUGGGAAUCGCUCCUGGAUCUCGCUCCUAGCUUGUAUAUACGCCGACGGAUCAGCUAUAGAGCCAGCUCUUAUCUAUUAG